GUCGUGCGCCUCAUUACGUUUUGAUCUCGUGCGCCUGCACUCUGCACUUGGCUGAGAGACGCGCAGUGGCAGGCGGUGGUGGUGGUGUGCUGCUGCUGCUGAUAACGGCUCGGCUCGGUUCACCACAGUCCUCCUCCAGUCCGCCAGGCACCGUGAAGCGGUCUGAGGAUUCCUCCAGUGCUCGGUUGGUCGAGGAUGCACAUCUGGACCUGAGAGUGUCCCAGGGACAUUUACGCGUCAGCUGCUCUCCUCCUGUCCUCCUGUUCACACAGAACAGAGGACAUAAUAAUAAGCACUCCGGCUGAGGACUAUAUUUGACAGAAUGGCAGAGUGCCUUCUGAAAACGCCGAGUAACUUCCAGUCGUCUGCCAUGUUUGAAGGCUCCGAGGCCGUCGAGGUGGAGGGAGCCAGCACGGAGAGCACCGUGGCCUCGUCCAUCAGCGCCUGCAAGAAGGUGCUGUGCAGUAACAGCGUGCUGGACUCGUCGGAGUACUGGCUGAAGAACGAGAAGGCUCUGUGCAGACUGGGCCUGCUGGACGACGACACGGAGGCCAGCUGCACCAUGAUCUGUUUCGUAAAUCUGGACCCUCAGAAAACGGACUAUCGUGAUGACAAAAGCAUCAAGAAAUUGGCGUCGGUCUCUCCAGACCUGCCAAAGCUCGUUGAAUUGCUGACUGUCCACCAGCCGAAAGAAAAUGAGAUCCUACUGCUCGGUGGCCUAGAAGCCUCAGAUACUUGCCAAACACACCCACUCGCCCCCUCUCAGGGCGGGCAGCAGCAGCAGCAGCAGCAGCAGCAGAGGAGUACCGGUGUGUGCCUGGUUCAGUGUUCAGGGCCGAGACGCUCCACCCAACCUGGCAACAUCAUUGUUGAGAUCAACAAGUUCCUGAUAGGUCUGCAGUGGGGAAAAGAGCGACAGCUUCAGCAGGGCAGAGUAGCCAGGCAGCGGGUCGAUGACGACACCAAUCGCUCAAUCUCGUCCAUAGAAGAGGACUUCCUGACUGCCUCAGAACACCUCGGUGAUGACAGCGAGGACGAUGGUUUCAGAAACGAACCGGAGAGUGGUGACCUGACAGAGAGCUUGGUAGAGGCUGCCCAGAAACACUGUGUCAGACUCGCAUGUCAGAGGGGACAGCUGGCCCAUCAUCAGAACAGGGAGGAUGCCGAGGUGAAAAGGGAAGGGCAUCGGCGAGCAAGCCUCCAUACUAAGGAAUCAGCCGGUUACUACGCCACCAAUCUGGCCGAGUCAGUACUGCAAGAUGCCUUCAUACGCCUCUCUCAAGAUGAAACCUCCUUUGUUUCUGAGGCUGCUGUAAGCUUGUCCCUCUCUAGUUCCAACGCCACCGUUCCUUCAACGACCAAAGGGCCUUCCCAACAGCGCACCUGCUCUUUUGAACUCCCCAAGAUUGUUAUAGUUCAAAGUCCGGACAGUUCUGACGGGGCGGCCGAGUGGCCAGAGACUCAGGCGUCUCAUGUGCCUGAACAGGAUAUCACUGCCAAAGUCAGAGAGACUCCAGAGGAUGGGACACAGGCUCACACCCACCACCACAAUGGAGGACACCCAUCCAAACAUGUAGAGGUGGCUUUGGCCUGUGCCGCCAGUGUCAUCGGCACCAUUACAAACCCACAGCUGACAGAACAGCUCGCGAUGGAAUCGGCCUCAGAGGAAGACACCGAGGAGGAGCUGCAGGAACCAGAGGAGAGAAGCGACUACUCCUUCUCCUCAGCCAUGUGUGGCAUGGCUCAGGUAGCUGGUGCUGUAGCAGCUGUGGAGCUAACGGAGGAGUCGGGGGAGUGCGGCAAUUCUGACGCAGAUUCCGCUGACGUCUACACGGCAUCCCGCGGUCUGAUGUCUGCUGCCGAAGCCUCCGCAGCCAUCACGCUGCACUGCAGUGUGGCAGAGGGAACCAGUGUCGAAGCGUUUCGUGCCAACAUCGCUGAGGUCCUACACAGGGAAGCAGCUGAGGUGCUGACUCAGCCGCAAGGUUACAGGAGUGUAGCCCACCUGCUGGAGGCCACGCAUAACAAGAUAGUAGAUGGCAUUACUUGUCCAAAGCAAUCCUACAUGGAUGAAAGAGAGGUGGAUGACCUAAUAAAUGAAGUGGCAGACAGCCUCUUCAAGCAUGCUUUAGAGAAGGCGAAAAAGAAAAAAGAGCUGGAGGGUGCUGGGAAAGAUGCACCGGGCCUUCAGGUUUUUCUGCAGGACAGUGUGAACACUUUGCUGUUCGAUAUCCUUUGUCUGACACAGAAGAAAAUCUGUCACAUCUCUAGAUGUGACCAAGGGUCAUUUGAGACACAAGAGGGGGAUACUUGUGCUAGGGAGCCUGCUACCAUCAAGGAGAGCAAGGAUCCAUUAAGUCAAUUACAGUGCUUAGUUGGCCAUGGCCAGUCCACUAAUAGUGAGAACCACUGCAGCGUACUACACUUCACAGAUAAGCUCAGCAUGGGUCCUGGGCUGAAGGAGAAAUAUGUGCUUGAGGAGAGUGAUCUCAUUCCAUCUUCAUUCACAGCACACAGCAAAGAGCAGCAGUCAUCAUGCAGGCAAAGUCAGUUUAAGUCCACCUCUCUGCCUGCCAAGGACUACUCUGACUACCAGCAGAUCCAGCAGGGCAGCGGCGCCAUCAGAGAACCGUUGAGUGAAAUCCAAGUUCAUAGCACCGACAGGAGGGGACGUCUAGUGACUGGCAGCGACAGCAGACAGGCCUCCCUCACACCCCAGUCCUCUCUCAACUCCUGCAGCUCUCUGCUCUCCUGGAGAAUGGAUUCAGAGUCCAGGACACCUAUUACCUGCUACGCUGAUGAUUUGGCUGCUACAGUGGUGUCCAUGGCCACAGAACUGGCAGCCAUCUGCCUGGAAAACAACACUGGGAAACAACCCUGGUUCUGUGCUCUGAAAGGGACGUCUACUGAAGGGCCGGAGGCCUACUUGAUCCCUGCGUGCCGCACAGUGCUCAGGAGGAAAGAGGCUCAGAGCAGCAACGCUGCCUCCAAAAAACACCGGGCACCACGCCUCAGUGAGAUCAAAAGGAAAACGGAGGAGCAACCAGAGCUGAUGGAGCGGCUGGUGAACCGGGUGGUGGACGAAUCGGUAAACCUAGAUGAACCACAGGACCCGUUUGCCCUCUUUGCCUCGGAGGUCACGGCCAGGAUCAUGAACUGCCCCGAGCUUAAUGUGGUGGAUACCUCCAAAACAGGCCAGCCACGCAGCAGGUUGCAGUGUGAGAGGUGGAGCCGUGGGAAGGCGUCUAGCUAUGAGAGCAUCCCAGAAGAAGACGCAGACUCCUCAGGCACACCCAACACCCUGGGCCUUGGCAAUCGUUUAGGUCAGAACUUGAGCCGCGGCAGCUCAAUCUCUAAGCAGUCGAGCUGCGAGAGCAUCACAGACGAGUUCUCACGGUUCAUGGUGAACCAGAUGGAGACGGAGGGCAGGGGCUUUGACCUUCUACUGGACUACUACGCAGGGAAAAAUGCCAGCAGCAUUCUGACUGCAGCCGUACAACAGGCUGCAUCAAAGAAAAACGGCCACCUUAAUGUCAGGGCCACAUCCUGCCUUUCCAAACAGUCGAGCACGGAGAGCAUCACAGAGGAGUUCUACAGGUUCAUGCUUCGGGACACGGACAAGGAAAACAGAGAGUAUGGCAUCGCCAAGACAAAGGAGUGGAGCAACAGCCUGUUCCCCCCUUCUCCCAGAACACCCUUCUGUAUACGACAGUCCUCCGUCCCCGACCGGCGCUCCUCCGACUCGCGACUGACCGUCAACUCGCCCAUUAAAGCAAACUCCUUUGACGGAUUCGCCCGCAACGUGCACGGAGACACGCUGAAUAUCUUCCCCACCAACUCCGUGUCGUCCAGUGGACUGUGUAAGUCAGACUCCUGCCUCUAUCAAAGGGGUAAGACCGACCACAUUACCGAUAUGCUGAUUCACGAGACCUGGUCGAGCUCCAUCGAGUCCUUGAUGAGAAAGAACAAAAUCAUUGCUGAUCCAGAGGACAGUAUUGAUCUGGAGGCGGCAGACUUCCAGCCCCAUGUGCAGCAGUUUGCCAACCGCCUGGCAGCUGACAUUGUAGAUAUUGGCAGGUCUGCCUUGGGGGGCCAGCAAGAUGUAGCUGGGGGUACACCUGGGUCAUACUCACAGCCGCACAUGCCCGUUGGCGAAAGAAGGAGGGGGUACAAACAAUCUCAUCUAAGUUGUAGUCGGAGUAAAUCCAGCCAGGAGCAAAGUAGCGCUGGAGUAGGGUCUGGGACUAGUGACAGCAGUGCACCCCGGGUGAGGGGCCCCAGAGAUGUGCCACUGAUCCACAUCGAGGGAGAUCAAAGGGAUGAAGAGACUCUUUUAAACCCUGAAAGGACAGGAGGAGGACCUCAGGAAACACCCCCAGAUGUGUCAGCUACCAAGCGUACGGAGAGAGUUACGGCCAACGGCAGCAGCAGUGAGAGGGACAGGCCAGCUGUGGCGGUGGCUGCAGUAGUGAAGAGCGACAAGCGUUCUAUGAGUGCUAGCAGUGAAGAGAGCAUGGGGAGCUGGUCCCAUAUAACCCCCGAGGAUGACCCCCACGAGGAGACCAGUAGUUUUAUCCAGCUGAGCGAGGGGAACGGAACCAGCAGCGCGUCCAGCCUAGGCCUGGCAGACCUGGAUGCUUUUUCUGACGUGCCCACUCAGAUCACAGUAAUCAGUGAGGAGACAGAGAAAGGACGUCUAGCAGGAACAAAGGAAAAUGUCUUUGAGAGGACAGCAGGCGGCAGUAGUAACCUCAGGGUGCUGUUGGUGGUGAACUGCGACCUUGAGCCUGAGUGCGUGGACUCGGAGCUGAGAGUGGCCCUGCAGUGGAUCGCUGCCUCCGAGCUGGGCCUCCCUGCUCUCUACUUCAGGAAGUCCAAAGAGAAGAGGGUUGCCAAGUUCCAGAGGGUGGUUCACCUGAUGUCUCAGAAGGCGUGGCGGAUUGCGGACUUGUUCAGCGCUGUGGUCCAGUUCUGUAAGCUACAUGAGAAAGAGGAAGAGGAGGGCCGGUCUUUGUCCAGCCUUUUUGAUUGGCUGUUGCAGACCCUAUAGGGUCCUGUACUUUCCUCAUACUGCAAACAAAAAAGACACUCAUUCGCUCACACUUAUAUCAUGUUCCUAACUGUUUGCCCGAUCCUGUCUCAUCACACCAAGUGUCUGUCACUGCAAGCACAACGCGAUCAGCAUACUUGAGAAAUUCAUCCACCUCAAUCUGUCCAUGGAAGUUUUUGUUUUUUUUAUCUAUUGGCAGCCAUGAAUGGACCAGUCUCCCUUUAAUACAAGCAUGUUUUUGUUUUCAGAUUCACCUCUCUAGUGAGACAAACAGAGCAAACUGUAGGUAUACGGGUUGGACAUUCCUGAUGGGGAUGGACUAGCAUUCAAGAGAUUAUAGUCAGCAGGUUUUAACUGCUCCAGAUUAUAUAUAUAUAUAUAUAUUUACAGAUUCUCACAACCAAAUGUUUAUUUAUUCCAAAUGAACAUACAUGACGCAAAGUACCAAUAGAAGAUAGGAAAAUCAGGUUAAAUCAUCCCCACAACUCAACAUGCUCAAACCUUUUGUAUCAAAACUACUUUGUAAAAGAGGCUGUUGAAAUGUAAGCCCACGAAAAGCUCUUUCACUUUCUUCUGAUAGCCACUUAGAGGUACACAUUUGCUUAAAGUAAGCAAAAUGCCCAUUUCUUUGUCGUGUUCAUCGGCCAACAUACCACCUCUGUUGUGACCUUGACCUUGAGUUCUAAGUAAGUAAGUUAUCUUGUUCAUGUUACUUGAGAACUGAUUAUUUUGGAUAGCUGUACUGUAUAUACUGUAGAUUUGGAACUGCUGCACCUUGAGUAGUGGACUGCUCUCUUUAGCUUUUACUAUGUCAGGAAGACAGAGUAAGGUUUGUAAUGUUGAAUUUGUAUGUGGAUUUGGUCUGUUUAUUUCUCUACUUAGUGGUACUAUAGUGUUACAUCAGCAUCGGGAAAGCAAGCACACAAUUCAGCUGUAAACUCUGUCACGGUAGAACUGAAUGUAUUUAUCUUUUGACAUCAAUAAAUUUCUGUGAUGUGAAAUACAA